UAUUUCAUAUGCGCAUCGAGUUUGAACAACCUGUUGCUGAGGAAAGAGCUCUGCCAUUGGUCCAAGGGCUGCCAGAUCAGGCACAAUCUGUCGCAUUUCGAAAUGUGGACCAGAGAGAACAAUUUAGAUGAGGAAUCGAUCCGGUCGACGUUGCGGCCCAUCGUGCAGGCCGCCCACCUCCUGCAGGCCAGAAAGACCGAUGAGGACGUGGAGAGCGUGUGCGAGAUGUGCGACGCUCUAACGCCGCUGCAGAUCUGCAAGGUGCUCAACCUGUAUACGCCUGUCGACGAGUUCGAGCAAAGGGUGCCGGCGUCCUUUAUAAGGGCGGUGCAGGAGCGGCUGAAGGGGCGGCCGGACGCGCAGGCGCAACAGGCUUUGCUGAUGGAUGUCAAAUACAAAUUUCCUGUACGUUUUCCUUUCAAUCCUUCCGUUAUAUGCUUAGAAGAC